AUGCCGCAUGCGGGGGCAAGCGGACAGCCCACAACACCCCGGUUCAAGAGCCCUACCGGCAUCGAGAUAGAAGAGCCUGGAGACUACCCACCAGCGAGUCCGGCCCCACAUAUUGCCCACGUAUUCACGCACAUUAUUGAACUCACAGGAACACCGACUCAUCGUUGCUGGGGCCCGAACACGAGUAUGAAGAGGAACCUGCCGAUCAUUAUGCCCCACCACCAGAGGAACCAUAUGAGCGCACCCUCGAUCCCUCCCUCCGCCGCGCCUUCUAGGAGAGCAACAGUCCGCCCUUGUCCCCCUGCUGCUGUGCAGCGGUACAGGGAGUCUGGCCGAGGAACCCUUGGCUUUGAAGACGCCGAGCGCGAACGAAACGAAAAAUUCGCGGAGCUCGAACGACGGAUCACGGAUACCCUCUGGACCUUUGUGGAAACCGAAGCCCCUCGCGAUCAAGCAUUCCGAGAAAAUGAAGACGAGAGACAGCGCAUCUUCGAGGAUCACGAAGCUCGCCGCGAAUGGGAGGCCGCCGACGACGAGACGCGGUUGCCCCCACCACCUGAGCCAGUCGCAGAACCUAGGCUAUCCGCACCAGAGUCGAUCCGUUCCGUGGCACAAAACGCCGCUUCUCGUCAUACUCAAGAGAUUCUGGAUACUGUUCGGGAGGAGCGCGAGGAGUUUAUCAGGGAGUGGGAGCUUACCGAGGCCAAACGCGAAUGUCAACAGGCGCAAAUGGAAGCUGAACGCGCGCGUUACAACGAAGACCGGGAGGACCGGAUCCGUUCCCUGGAAGAAGAGCUUGCCUCUGUCCGUGCGGAGCUGGAGAAUGAACGCCAGCUGCGAUUGGUGGUGGAGUGUGAACGUCGUGAGCGGGAGCAUAUAGAGAUGGUGAUGAAGCUACGCGCGCCCAGCUGA